AUGAGCUCCAACCAAGAGGACGAACCGACCCAAUACCUUGCACCCAGGAUAUUAGAACUCGUGAAGGGAGCAACCUACUUUCCACGAGGACGAUACUCGACCAACUUUGCGCAUCUUGUCUCGCAAGAUCCCCAAGUCCAAGAAGACUACAAGGAUGGCCUGGUAGCACUGUCUUGCUUCUUGGGUGGAUUUUUUGUCAUCUGGGGACUUGUCCUUAUCUUCCUAAUGAUCAAAGGGAAAUCUGUUGGUUGUGCAUCUGGAAGAGCUUUCGGGAGCAUUGGCAGCGGGCAACAAUCUACAGGUUCUCAAAAACAACCACAAGACGAGAGCCACAGCUCUGUCCAUUCUGAAGAAGAGCCGCCAACUGCAAACGAAUAUGCUAAGGAUGCAGAAGGAGGAGAAGAGCUGGAAACGGAGUCGUUUUCUUCCUCGCUUUGCUCUUCCGAUGCAGCAUCCAGGUUCGACUCAUUUGACACAUCAGCCAGCUUUAAUGACGGUUCCAUAGACGCCAACCAUCGAUUCGAAAGCCCCAGGGCAACCCGAACACGAAUCGCUUUCUUGGUCUUUGCCUGCAUUGUCUUAGCUUGCGUACCUCUAGCGCUGGCAUUCGCCUUUGCGCCAAUGAAGGAAACUACCAAGUCCGUUGCUGGACAAGUGGAGGUGAUCGAAGACGUUCUCGUCCAAGUUCGUGCCGCCCUGAAAACAAUAUCUACGGCAUCCGAAAGUACCAAUGCCAUUCUUUCUCAGACCAACACGAACCACAGUACCUUCUGCCCAAACCUCAACAAUUCACAAUUUGAUCAGACGUUGGCAGAACACCUUCAAAGGCUUUCCUAUCUAAUAGGAGAACAUUUCGACUAUCUAGACGGCCGGAUCACAGGCAAUACGACCGAACUACACGAAUCACUCGAUACUGUGGAAGAUGCAAUCCUUGUCAUUGACGGAUCCAAUCAUCAGGUCGAAGGCAUUGUUUGGCUUGUGCCAGGUUUGCUCUUGGCAGUAAGCAUUGUAUCUGCAUUGGCGACAUUUGGAGUGAUUCUUGCAUGGAAGCAGGACUCUGGGGUUCGGUUGCAGCGCUGCAUGUCGUAUGGUGUGCUUCCAACGCUUGCGGCACUAUGCAUCAUGUGUGUGAUUCUGGCAAUUGCUACGACCGUGGCGACCGCAGCAUCUUCAGACUUCUGCUUGCAGGGAUCAUCGUCUGGGAGUCCCGAUUUCACGGUGCCAGAAAUGCUUGUGGCUCACGGUGACUUUGCAAACAGCACGAAACACCAAUUCUUUGUCGCAUACACAGCUGGAUGCACUGGUCCAGAACCAACACGCGCCCUGGAAAAUCUCGAGAGGGCAUCACAAGAUACAGUGGACGAGAUAUGGACCCGCAUAUCAGCGGUCGACUCAUAUGGCAGGUCGCAGGUUGCAGAAGCAUGCGGUGGUUCGGGGCUUGAUGAAAUCAUGAGCGCAGCACGAAACAUAGCCAAGCUCCUGACCAAGGUUCGACGGGCACUGGACAGUGCAAGUGACAGCCUUGCAUGCGAUCGAAUCAGCCCCAUGUACGAAGCUACAAUCCACACCUCUAUGUGUACAAACUUCGCCGCGGCCACUGCUUGGGGAUCAAUUACCUUCUUCAUUCUGGGUACUGCAAUCAUGGUGUUGAUUAGUCUGAGAGCCUCGUGGCGUGUCAACAUCGACGAAGACAGAAUAUACCACCAUGAAAGCGAAGUAGCUGAAAACAUGAUUGUCGAUGAACACGAAGAGUACCUAAGGUACAUUUCGAGGUACAAGCAUGAAUGGCAGGAAUACAACGGCUUUGGUUCUGCCGGUACUUCAAUGUCAAUGAAGAAAUCCACCAGCUUUUCAGCUUCAGAGGGAGGAGAGGAUGAUCUCUGUUCCAACUAUUCAGAAUCCGGCUCUGUCUCUCACACAACUGACUUCACUGGCAGGUCUGAGCAAGACGAUGCUACUUCCAUAGAUUCAGGAGAUAUCUCAUUCCCUUCCCUGAAUGUCCUCCCAACCGAUGACUCCUCUGCAUCUGCAGAACAACCACUAGUACCUAUGCCUCCGCCACUGCAAACGACGAAGAGAGCUGGCAUGACAAUGUCAAAUUCUGAAAGGCUGCAACAAAUACCAUCAAUUUUGCGCCGUACAGACGAAGAAAAAUCUGAAGACUCUGACACCAACCCUGGCGCACUCUCGGAGAUGUCCGAAGAAGAAAGCACAGACUUCUCCUCCAUUGGCAGGGCUGCUAGAGCUGGACCAAGUUCGGCACUUUACUGGAGACACCAUUGGGGACUUGGCGCAGAGGUCGCCAUGUCAAGUGUGUCGGAUUCGCUCGUCGUUUCUCCCAAUUCGAAUGGUGAGAUUGAUAGUUUUGAUUUGUCCAAAACUCCAAGUCCCAGGAGAAAAACCUUCUUGGAUGUCUCUGGUGCCAACCUGCUCAAUUCAACUCCGGGGUCAGAUCAGAGCCCUCCGAAGCCAUCGGAAGAAACGAAUGGCAGCAGAUUUCUAUCUCGGACACGAACCGAUCUGCUCAAUUCAACUCCGGGGUCAGACCAGAGCCCUCCGAAGCCAUCGGAAGAAACGAAUGGCAGCAGAUUUCUAUCUCGGACGCGAACCGAUCCACUGCCUGCUGCAUCAUCGCUGAGUUUGCUUUCUCGUACCAUUUCUGCCAACCCGAUGUCAAGGACUUUCAGCGACACGCAACGGGUAAGCUUGCAGUCUCACUUUCACACUACUAGUACUGCAUCUGGGAUCUCGUCGCUUCGAGUUGAUACAACUUCCAUGUCUCUACACACGCAUCCACGAGUACACACGCCUCCACGAGUAUCCUUACUCACCCCACCAAGACCUAUUUCCAGUACGCCGAGGACCCCCAAGACAAACGACAGUUCAACCAGUUCCGGUCAACAGAGCGACUCAAGAUUGAGUCUGACAAAUUCGACCACCCCUGUUUCCGUCAAAUUUGAAGAACAAGAGAACGACUUCUCCUCUCCCAAUCAUUCGCAUGUACAACAGCAGGUUGUUCACUUCUCGAAGACUGGUCCUAAAGUUUCGGAACGCCCCAAGACUCCAAUCAGGAACACGCAAAAGCUACAACCUCUGGUUCAAAAAUUUGAUCCCAAGUCGGGAGCGUCCUCAGAAGACUAUCAGACUAUCUGA